ACUUGCUCUACUCGGAGUCAGUGCCUGCGCGGAGGUGAGGAUACAAAACAGUUUUCUCCUCAGGCCCUGCGACUAGUAAGGCACAGCUCCGGUUGGAGAGAUGGUGGAAGGACCAGGCUGUACUCUGAAUGGAGAGAAAAUUCGGGCGCUAGUGCACCCGGGUCAGGCGGUGACUGACGUGCGGGGAAGGGCUCUGCAGAGCCUGGAACGCCACUCGCCGCCACCCGCAGCUUCCGUGACUGAGGUCUCUUUCCAGGCUGCUGCACUGAAAGAUAGUAAAGAUUCCAGCCGGAAUUUCUUGAGACUGUUUAAUGGAUAUGUGUACAGUGGUGUGAAAACUUUGGGGAAAGAGCUGUUUAUGUUCUUUGGCCCAAAAGCUUUACGGAUUCAUUUUGGAAUGAAAGGCUCCAUCCUGAUUAAUCCACUUGCAUAUAAAAAUAAAAAUGGAGUUUCUCCUGUUUUUGAACUGCAGCUCACCAAUGAUUUGAUUUGUUUCUUUGACUCAUCAGUAGAACUCAGAAACUCAAUGGAAAGCCAACAGAGAAUAAGAAUGAUGGAAGAAUUAGAUGUGUGUUCACCUAAAUUUAGUUUCUUAAGAGCAGAAAGUGAAGUUAAAAAACAGAAAGGUCGGAUGCUCUGUGAUGUGCUGUUGGAUCAGAAAGUGUUACCUGGAGUAGGGAACAUCAUCAAAAAUGAAGCUCUCUUUGAUAGUGGUCUCCAUCCAGCAGUUAAGAUUUUUCAGUUAACAGAUGAACAGACCCAUCACCUUGUGAAGAUGAUACGUGAUUUCAGCAUUCUCUUUUACAGGUGCUGUAAAACAGGAUCUGCUAUCUCUAAACACUAUAAGGUUUACAAGCGUCCUAAUUGUGGUCAGUGCCAUUGCAAAAUUAUCGUAUGUCGUUUAGGGGAGAAUAACAGAAUGACGUACUUCUGUUCUCAUUGUCAAAAAGAAAAUCCUCAACACAUUGACAUAUGCAAACUUCCCUCUAGAAAUACUAUAAUCAAUUGGACAUCUAGCAGGGGAAACCGUUUGAUUGAUUCAGUGGGUCGGAAAUCAGAAGAGCAAUGGACCUGUUUGGUCUGUACCCUAGUAAAUAAGCCCUCUGCUGAGACAUGCGAUGCUUGCUUGACCUCAAAGCCAGAUUCAGUGCUUGAGACUCAAGAAAAUUCUAUUGUCUUUCACAACUUAGUGAAGUACCCUUGUAAUAGCUUUGGGAAAGCACAUACAGAAGUGAAAAUCAACAGGAAAACUGUAUUUGGAACUACAACUCUUGUAUUGACUGAUUUUACCAGUAAAUCUAGUACUUUGAAGAGAAAAGAAAGCCAAAUCCAAACACCAGAUGGGGAAUUUCAAAACUCUCUUCCUACAAAUGUUUGUUUUAGUGAUACACGGCACCCCUCCAAGGAGAGAACGAACUAUAUAACUCAAGUAUCUAACAAAGUAAACAUAUCUCCUACAGUCUGCUCUCAGUCUGAAUUAUUUAGUUCAGUGCAUAAAAAACUGAAAACAACCCUCUACUCUAUGCCAGACCUCAAAAGUUGCAAGACUGGAUUUUCUAACAGUGAACCUCAACUGAGUGUUGCAGACAGUCCUUGCACCUUAAAUGCUGGCAGUCCUCGAUGCAGUAAGCACAGCCGCCUCUGUGUUGUCCGGGUUGUGAGGAAGGAUGGUGAAAACAAAGGAAGGCGGUUUUACGCUUGUCCACUACCUAGAGAAGCACAAUGUGGAUUUUUCAAAUGGGCCGAUUUGUCGUUCCCUUUCUGCAACCAUGGCAAGCGCUCUAUCAUGAGAACAGUGUUGAAGAUUGGACCUAAUAAUGGAAAGAAUUUUUUUGUGUGUCCUUUUGAGAAGGAAAAACAGUGCAAUUUUUUCCAGUGGGCAGAAAAUGGGCCAGGGAUAAAAAUUAUUCCAGGAUGCUAGUAUUUUCUCUUUCUAUAGAAUAUCUGGCAUUUAAUCUCUUCAAACUGUUUAUCCCUCCCCUUUGUAAAGUAGGAAAGUUGUAGAAUAUCUGUGGCACAUGUAAAAUUAUUAUAGGAUUUGAAAACUUUAUUUUUUAGGUGUGUCAUCUUUUCAUUCUAUGGCUGUUUUUUCCUUUUACCUUAAUGAAUACACUCUUCAUCAGGUGUACAGCAUAUUCCAUUUAUAAUGUAUAUUUAAUGCAUGUAGUAAUGACAAUAUAGUAUCCUUAGUAUGCUCUUGAUCUCUUGUAACUUCUUUGAGGAACCAGUGAUUUAUUUUUUUAGGAAAGAACUGGUAUCACCAUAAAAUAAGGACUGUAUAAUGAAUAAUUUG